GAGAGCUCAUCCGACGUUGGAAAGAAGAUAUCAUGGCUGGUCUUGUCUCUGGUAUUGCUUACACUUGGGCUGGUUCAGUGCAGGCCGCCUUUUCAGGACGAGGCAGGACUGGACCCUGAAGUCAAUAUGAACAUCAGCGAGAUCAUCACACACUGGGGCUACACAGCGGAAGAAUUUGAAGCGGUCACCGAGGAUGGGUACAUCCUGAGCAUCAACCGAAUCCCACAUGGGCUCAAAAACAAGGAUGGACAAGAAGCCAAGCCUGUAGUGUUCCUCCAACAUGGCCUUCUCGCUGCUGGAAGUAACUUGACAAACCUGCCCAACACCAGCCUGGGUUUCCUCCUAGCCGAUGCUGGAUUUGAUGUGUGGAUGGGCAACAGUCGUGGGAACACCUGGUCCAGAAAACAUGUCAGCCUUGACCCUAAACAGAAAGAAUACUGGAUGUUCAGUCAUGAUGAAAUGGCUAAGAAGGAUCUUCCUGCAGUGAUAAACUUCAUUACAAAGACAACUGGCCAGGAGCAAAUCUUUUAUGUGGGCCAUUCCAGGGAACCACUAUACAUUCAUGGCUUCUCUACAAUGCCGGAGCUGGCCAGCAAAAUCAAGAUGUUCUUUGCCCUGGCUCCUGUCGCCACAGUGGGGUUGACUAAAAGCCCCAUGACCAAAUUGUCUGUUAUUCCAGAGUUUCUCAUUUGGGAUCUUUUUGGAAGAAAAGACUUCAUGCCUCAGAACGAAUUGAUUAAGUUUUUUGCCACUGAAUUCUGCAGCAAAAAGCCCUUGAGUGUGCUGUGUGGAAACAUCUUCUUUCUCCUCUGUGGUUUUGAUGAGAAGAACCUGAACAUGACCAGAACACCUGUGUACACAACACACUGCCCAGCAGGAACCUCAGUCCAGAACAUGGUUCAUUGGGCUCAGGCUGUGAAAUCCAGUAAGCUUAUGGCAUAUGAUUAUGGAAAAGCUGGAAAUAUGGCACAUUAUAAUCAGUCAACCCCUCCUCUGUACAACGUGAGGGACAUGAUGGUACCUACAGCUUUGUGGUCUGGUGGGCAGGACACUUUGGCAGAUCCUCAGGACGUGGCUCUACUGCUCACACAGAUACCUAAAUUGAUGUACCACCGCAAUAUUGAGCACUGGGAACACCUGGACUUCAUCUGGGGCUUGGACGCCCCACAAGAGAUGUACAGCAAAAUGAUUGAAAUUAUGAGGGAGCAUGUGUGAAAAGACAUUUGGAUUGAGCAGCAGGUUUUAUCAGCAAUUUGUUUUUACCAUGCUUUGAGCUUAAAGGGAUAGUUCACCCAAAAAUGAAAAUUCUUUCUACCUCUGUUUAUUCACACUUUAAGCAGAUGAACCAUUUGUUUGAGGUGCUGGUAACCAAAUCUGCAAUUAGCAAUGUAUAUUCGGUAUUACAAACUGAUUUAAGCCUUUGAACCGUCACCUAGAGAUUAAGUUUUACACUAAUCAGGUGUUGCCUUUUAAUGUCUUUUAAAGGACAUGCACUUCGUUUAAUGUGUUUUUUACUUAGCUUUUACUAACCACUAGUUUACCUUACUGUAGCAUUUCAUGACCUUUUUUAAGGCCUGUUCACACCAACAACAACUAUAUUAGCGCCCAUGCAGCAGACAAUAUCGUUCUGUUUAUUCUAAGCGCACACUUGUCUGCUGCUUUAAAUGGUCCAGCUCGUUAUAGCAGGAUUGAUUUUGAUUGGCU